AGUUUGAGCAUCUUGGCGUAUUCCUUCAUGAAACACCACUAGCAGUUACACGCCUAAACAUCAGAUGGCGCAGGUGAGUCACGACUGACAGCAGUAAAAACGGACGAAGGACAGAUCGCUGAGUGGACCAUGCUGAAGUCGUUCUACUACAUACAACACGACAUAAAAAGGCAUUUUAACAGCUCAAGAUGGCUUUGGUGCCCUAUGAUGAGAAUCUACUGCCUGCGCUGGCAAAACUUCACCAGACUUCAGCUGAAUUUCAUCUGGCCAAUCACAGGAUCAGACUCAGCCAGGACUGGAACCGAUUGGGUGUCGCUGCUGUGGUCUGGGACGCAGCAGUAGUGCUCUGCAUGUUCCUGGAGAUGGGAAAGGUGGAUCUGAAAGGAAAAAGGGUUAUUGAGCUUGGAGCUGGCACAGGUUUGGUGGGCAUUGUAGCUGCUCUGCUUGGAGCCAAUGUGACAAUUACAGACCGAGAGCCUGCAUUGGAAUUUCUGGCUGCCAAUGUGCGUGAUAACAUUCCUCCCAGCCAGCAGGGGGCGGUACAGGUAUCUGAACUUACCUGGGGUGAGAAUCUACAUCUGUAUCCCACAGGCAGCUUUGAUUUGAUCCUGGGAGCCGACAUUGUUUACCUGGAGGAGACGUUUCCCGCCCUCCUGCAGACUCUUGAACACCUGAGCUCGGAGACCACGGUGGUGUUGUUGUCCUGUCGGAUUCGUUACGAGCGAGACGAGCGCUUCCUCAUGGAGCUACGGCGGAGCUUCUCUGUGCAAGAGGUCCAUUAUGACUCUCAAAGGGACAUUCACAUUUACAGAGCUGUGAAGAACACAAAAAACACCGAACUGUAAAAGCUCUGGAUGGAGCUUCCUGCUUGUAAAGCAUUUUAAGCUUUCUAAAAAUUGUUGAAGCUGAUUAAAUGACAAUAUUUAACAGGGCUAUGAUGUUUAUAUGUUAUGUUUGGCGUCACUGCUUGGGCAGCAGGCGGCACUGCUAUACAGGUCUGGAG